CACAUCGCGUGCGUGUUUUAACACACCCCACAUCCAUCUGGCACGAUCAUCUCAACGUCGGCUCCCCCUGUCGUUUGCACGCCCACAAUCUUCAUUAAUCGUCAUCGCCUUAUCCGGGUUGUUUUCUUUUCUUUCUCUCUUGGAUAUCGCCAGCACAUGCGCACGUCCUGACGACUCCUCCCUCAGCGAACUCUUUAACUUCUGGAAUAUCCGGCAGACCGCAGCCUUGUCGCCAAUUCUCGUGACUGGCUCCUCCAUUUCUACCGCGCCUCGAGGAGAGGACUUUCUUGGAUCGUGAUAAACAUCUGCCGCUCGUUUCCCCAGGAUCCCAGCCUGGUUCUUCCAUCAUGGCCCCUUCUACUCUGCGCGCCGCUGUGGCGCUUCCCCUCGUCGCCUCGUGCGUAAAUGCCGCCUACUCGAUUGCAAAUAACGACGAUAUCAAGACUUCCGCCGCCCAGCUUGCCUACGAUACUAUGGCCUAUUACACAGGAAACCAGUCUGGUCAGACCCCUGGGAUCCUGCCAGGACCUCCGCCUGCUGGCGACUACUACUGGUGGGAAGCAGGAGCACUGUGGGGCGCUAUGGUCGAAUACUGGCACUACACCGGUGACGCCACGUACAACGACGUCGUCACCCAGGCAUUGCUCUUCCAGGUCGGCCCAAAUCAGGAUUAUAUGCCUCCUAAUGUCACCGCCUCGCUGGGCAAUGACGAUCAAGGGUUUUGGGGGAUGUCUGCGAUGACUGCUGCGGAGCUCAACUUCCCAAAUCCUUCUUCCGACCAGCCCCAGUGGCUAGCGCUUGCACAGGCUGUCUUCAACACCCAAGCCGAUCCGUCGAGGCACGAUAGCACAUGUAAUGGUGGCUUGCGGUGGCAGAUUCCCUUGUCGAACAACGGGUACGAUUACAAAAACAGCAUUGCAAACGGCUGUUUCUUCAACCUCGGCGCCAGGCUGGCUCGCUACACAGGGAAUCAGACCUAUGCCGACUGGGCGGUGAAGACCUGGGACUGGGUGACAGGAGUUGGUUUUAUGGACGCGCAGUACAACAUUUACGAUGGUGCCCACGUUGAGACCAACUGUACGGACAUCAACAAGGCCCAGUUCUCCUACAAUAAUGCCGUGUACCUCCUUGGUGCUGCGCACAUGUACAACUUUACCGAAGAUGCUGUGUGGAAGCAGCGGGUCCAGGAUCUGUUGGACGCCACGAUCAAGGUCUUCUUCCCAAACAACAUCGCCUACGAGGUCUCCUGCGAGCAGCACAUGACCUGCACGACCGAUAUGUUGAGCUUCAAGGGAUACGAUCACCGGUGGAUGGUCCAGACCACCCAGCUGGCCCCCUUCACUCACGACCAGAUCAUGACUGUGCUGCAGACAUCGACCGAGGCAGCCAUCAAGCAGUGCACUGGAGGCAGUACAGGUCGUCAGUGCGGCUUCCAGUGGUCGAGCGGCGCUUUCGACAAUAGCGUCGGAGCUGGCCAACAGAUGAAUGUGCUCGGUGCCGUAUCGUCUCUGCUGGUCGACAGCGGCGUGAGCGCCCCUCUCACAAACGCGACGGGAGGCACAAGUGUGGGCAACAACAACGCUGGAGCGUCUUCAGACAAAUUUGCAGGCUCGUCUGAGCCAGCAACGACCGGAGACAAGGCUGGCGCGUCCAUCCUCACCAUUCUGAUCCUGAUAUCUGCAGCAGGCACGUUUGGCUGGAUGUCGACGGGGGUGUAGUCCCAAAAAAAAAAAAAUUCUGGAUGGGUUAAUGAUCGUAUGUGACUAUUUGGGAUCUGCGCUGCAGGGGUGGCUCAAGGGCUGCAUGGCGUAUUGGACAUAAUUCGUACCUUUCUCUCCAUUCUUUCUUUUUUCCCCCUGUAUUUGAUUAUUGGGAGCAGGGCUGGAAGGAAAAAGGGUAAUGGCGUCAGGGAAGGAGGCAAGGAGGCAAGGUAAACACAGGGUAUUCAUGCCCACGGGAUUUGGGGCGUUGGAUAUUUGGCUGUAAUGUUUUGAAUGGUUUAGGCGGCGUGGAUGGUUGGCAACACUGGCAUUUGGGCGGCCCUUUUCGAGUAGGCUCAAUCUAGAUGAUUUAGAAAAUUUUGAGCUUUCAGG